GUCCAAGCGAGUGGCGGUUCCAGAGUUCGGAGGCACUACUGGACGCGGCUAUUUCGUUUUUCUGGUUUUCAGCUAGUAUCAGAGACAUGAACUACGCACGGUUCCUCACCGCCACGAGCGCAGCGAGAAUGCCUUCUGCCAUCCGAGUCGCGACUGAGAUACUGAUAAAGGCACCGAAGUCAGUCAUCUCCUUGGCUACUGGAUCACCAAACUCCAACACGUUCCCUUUUAAGACUGCUGUUAUCACCAUAAAAAAUGGAAAGCCCAUCCAAUUUGAUGAAGAGAUGAUGAAGAGAGCACUUCAGUAUUCUCAAAGUGCUGGAAUUCCAGAGCUGUUGUCCUGGCUAAAACAGUUACAAGUAAAAUUACAUAAUCCUCCCACCAUCAAAUAUCCAACCAGUCAAGGAGAGAUGGACAUAUGCAUAACAACUGGCAGCCAAGAUGGUCUUUGCAAGGUGUUUGAAAUGAUCAUUAAUCCUGGAGAUAAUGUCCUCCUAAAUGAACCUGUUUAUUCAGGAACACUUCAAGCUCUGAAGCCACUGGGCUGCAAAAUCAUUAAUGUUGCCAGUGAUGAAUAUGGGAUGAUUCCGGACUCCCUCAAAGAAGUACUUUCCAAAUGGAAACCGGAGGAGUCAAAGAACCCUAAAAAAAACACCCCCAAAUGUCUUUACACUGUCCCAAAUGGUAACAACCCUACUGGAAACUCAUUAACAAGUAAACGCAAGAAGGAAAUCUAUGAGCUUGCAAGAAAAUAUGAUUUCCUCAUCAUAGAAGAUGAUCCUUACUAUUUUCUCCAGUUCAGCAAGCCCCGGGCACCAACAUUUCUUUCCAUGGAUGUUGAUGGGCGUGUCAUCAGAACAGACUCCUUUUCAAAAGUCCUCUCCUCUGGGUUGAGAAUAGGGUUUGUAACUGGUCCAAAAUCCUUGAUAGAGAGAGUUGUUUUUCACACACAAGUCUCAACCAUGCACCCCAGCACUUUUACACAGCUUCUGAUCUCACAGCUUCUACACCAGUGGGGAGAAGAGGGUUUCCUGGCUCAUGUAGAUAGGGUUGCUGAGUUCUAUAAGAACCAGAAGGAUGCAAUAGUGGCAGCUGCAAACAAAUGGUUAAGUGGUUUGGCAGAAUGGAAUGUUCCUACUGCUGGAAUGUUUUUAUGGAUUAAAAUUAAGGGCAUUUCUGAUGUAAAACAACUGAUUGAAGAAAAAGCCAUUAAGAAAGAAAUAUUAAUGCUUCCUGGAAAUGUUUUCUACGUCGAUAGCUCAGCUCCUAGCCCUUACUUUAGAGCAUCCUUCUCUUCAGCUUCUCCAGAAGAGAUGGAUGUGGCCUUCCAGAGAUUAGCUCAACUUAUUAAAGAAUCUUUAUGAAGAAAUCAAACUCUAUGAAGAAAUCAAAAUGUUUCAUGGAUUUUUCAGAUAAAUUUUUUAGCUUUUAGCAAGAAGAAAUCAUUGGCUUUACACUUACAGACUGGAUUUCAAGAAGCAUGUCAAAUCUGCAAUAAUUUAACUAGACAACUUUUAAGGUGCCCUUAAAUUCAUCAGAUUGACAAAAUAUUUUUAUAAUCGACUUAUACCUUUUGAUAAAUUUUCAUCCUGCAAAAAUUAUUCUUAUCCUGGAUUUUACUGUAAAGAAUUCUAGUUGCUUUAUGCUU